AUGUGCUAUUUGCCUCUUCUUAAUUGGGUAAAGGAAUAUUACGAAGUGAUUCAAAACUACUCCUUUAUGAAUGUACAAAUUACUUCAAGACAGCUGAUUGCUGGAAAUGAACUUGAUAAGUUCUUUCAUUCAAAGCGCAGUGAUAAAAAUUACAGCCUUACAAUUUCAGUGAUUAUAUUCCAGAAAAUACUUGUAACAUCUAAGACUAAGAAAAAGCAUGAAAAUCCUGUAAUGUAUAAAAGUCAAAAUGAAGAUAUUCAUAGAUUUUGUGUAUUAUGGAGUGAAUAUUUACCAGAAAAAUAUUCCUAUGAAGUCCCAAUUAUUUUUAAAUUUAGCUCUUUGUUUCUGUUUAGUUCUUUGUCCUGUCUUUGUCUUUGUCUUUGUCCACCUCUGAUGGCAAUUACUCAUACCAGCUUUGAAUGGUUUGGUGCUGUAAACUACAAAACAGUUACUGCCAACAAUAGUUUCCUAAUUUGGUGUGCAAGAGAUGACAGCAAUGUUAGGUGGGGUUUGGUUUCCAUUUGCUGCUCAAACAAUGCGAAUAAGAUUUAUCCAAAAUGCCCUAAAAUUGGAUUUUUUUUAAAUGAAAAAGGGAAAAAUAUCAAAAAGAAUACCUAA